GCAGUCUUCCUUUCUUUCAGCUGGGGUGCUCCUCUUGAGUCAGCCCUACCCACGGCAGAGAUGUUUUCCAUGAGGGACCUCUGCCUGGUCCUGAGUUUGGUGGGUGCAGUUCAGGCAGCAGAUGGUAGUGAUCCUGCCAGUAGUGACUUUCUAGCUGAAGGAGGAGGGGUGCGUGGCCCAAGACUUGUGGAAAGACAGCAAUCUACCUGCAAAGAGACAGGCUGGCCCUUCUGCGCUGAUGAAGACUGGGGUGAAAAAUGCCCUUCUGGCUGCAGGAUGAAAGGGUUGAUUGAUGAAGUCAAUCAAGAUUUUACAAGCAGAAUAAAUAAACUAAGAGAUUCACUAUUUAAUUAUCAGAAGAACAAUAAAGACUCUAAUACACUGACCAAGAACAUAGUGGAACUUUUGGGAGGGGAUUUUGCCAAAGCUAACAACAAUGAUAAUACAUUUAACCAAGUAUCAGAAGAUCUGAGAAGCAGAAUUGAGAUCCUGAGGCGCAAAGUCAUAGAACAAGUACAAUAUAUCAACCUUCUGCAGAAAAAUGUCAGAGAUCAACUGGUAGAUAUGAAACGAUUGGAGGUGGACAUUGAUAUUAAGAUCCGAUCUUGCAAAGGGUCAUGCAGUAGGGCUCUAGAACAUAAGGUAGAUCUGGAGGACUAUAAAGAUCAGCAGAAGAAACUUGAACAGGUUAUUGCCAUAGACUUACUUCCCUCUAGAGACGUUCAAUACUUACCACUGAUAAAAAUGAGUGCAAUUACAGGCCCUGUUUCCAGAGAGUUCAAGAAGCAGCUUCAAGAGGUCCCUUCAGAAUGGAAGGCACUGUUGGAAAUGCAGCAGACGAAAAUGGUGUUGGAAACUUUUGGUGGAGACGGACAUGCCAGAGGAGACUCUGUAUCUCACGGAACAGGAUUAGCACCAGAAAGGCCCAGGAGGCCUGGAACCAGUAGUAUUGGAAAUGUGAACCCUGGGAGCUAUGGACCUGGAGGUAGUGGCACCUGGAACACCGGCCGCCCCGAGCCCGGAAGUGCUGGCACCUGGAACACCGGCCGCCCCGAGCCCGGAAGUGCUGGCACCUGGAACACCGGCCGCCCCGAGCCCGGAAGUGCUGGCACCUGGAACACCGGCCGCCCCGAGCCCGGAAGUGCUGGCACCUGGAACACCGGCCGCCCCGAGCCCGGAAGUGCUGGCACUUGGAAUACUGGAAGCUCUGGAUCUUCAAGUUUUAGGCCAGAUAGCUCAGGUCAUGGGAACACUAGGCCUUCCAGCCCAGACUGGGGUACCUUUAGAGAGGAAGGAAGUGUAAGUUCAGGGACAAAGAAAGAGUUCCACACAGGUAAACUUGUCACUACUAAAGGAGAAAAAGAGCUUCUGAUUGGUAAUGAGGGGGUCUCCUCUGGUCACACAACCACCACUCGUCGUUCAUGCUCUAAAGUCAUUACAAAGACUGUUACAAAUGCCGACGGUCGCACAGAAACGACCAAAGAAGUGGUAAAGUCUGAAGAUGGUUCUGACUGUGGUGAUGCAGACUUAGACUGGCACCGUACUUUGUCUGUGAGGGGUAACCUAGAUGAUUUCUUUUCUAGAAACAAUGAUGGUUUCCUCACCCAUAAGUUACGCGAGUUUGACGGUAAGACAGGCUUAGAAUCUGGUGUUCCAGCCUUAGAGGAAUUUGGCUCUUCCAGUGGUAAAACUUCAACUCAGAGCAAACAGUUUGUAAGCAGUAGCACAACUAUCAACAGAGGUGGCUCCGCGAUUGAAAGCAAGAGCUUUAAAAUGGCAGAUGAGGCCGAAAGCGUAGAGGAUCUUGGCCUUAAAGGAGCACAUGCCACCCAGAAAGGCCAUGCUAAAGCUCGUCCUGCCAGAGACUGUUAUGAUGUCCUCCAAACACAUCCUUCAGGUGCCCAAAGUGGCAUUUUCAGUAUCAAGCUACCAGGAUCCAGUAAAAUUUUUUCUGUUUAUUGCGAUCAAGAGACCGGUUUGGGAGGAUGGCUUUUGAUCCAGCAAAGAAUGGAUGGAUCACUGAAUUUUAACCGAACCUGGCAAGACUACAAGAGAGGUUUUGGCAGCCUAAAUGACAAGGGAGAAGGAGAAUUCUGGCUAGGCAACGAAUACCUCCACUUACUAACCCUGAGGGGCUCCAUUCUUCGGGUUGAAUUAGAAGACUGGGCUGGGAAAGGGGCUUAUGCAGAAUAUCACUUGAGGGUAGGCUCUGAGGCAGAGGGCUAUGCCCUGGAGGUCUCCUCUUACAAGGGCACAGCAGGUGAUGCUCUGAUCGAGGGUUCUGUGGAGGAAGGGACAGAGUACACUUCUCACACUGGCAUGCGGUUCAGCACCUUCGACAGGGAUGCAGACAAGUGGGAAGACAACUGCGCCGAAGUCUACGGAGGAGGCUGGUGGUACAACAACUGCCAGGCAGCCAACCUCAAUGGCAUCUACUACCCUGGUGGCUCCUAUGACCCCAGGGACAACAGUCCCUAUGAGAUUGAGAAUGGCGUGGUCUGGGUCCCCUUCAGGGGUGCAGAUUACUCUCUCAGGGCUGCUCGUAUGAAGAUCCGGCCCUUGGGACACAACAGGCUGACAGGGUGGGAGUGAGAGGACUCCACUGAGUGAAGAAGAGAAACAAUUAAGGAAGAGAAAGGAGUUGAGAUUCUUUAGAGCCUACUAAAAUUUCUCAGGUGCUAUUUUAUUGUCCUUUGUACUGUAGCUAAAUGUAACUGAGACUUAGUAGUGUUUAUAAAAUAAAGUUAUAUGAGUUUUUAAUCUUUAAAA